GCCUCAGCGAGCAAAACAUGGGAUCGCGCCUUCGCCGCCAUUGCUCCAUCGCUCCGGCGUCUCUCCGGCUCCGCUGCUUCUCCUCGGCGACAACACAACCUGAGAGCAUUGCCUACCGACGAUCGAUGCUCAGGCGGCCGGAGACGGUGAGCUUACGGCACCUGCCUUUGAAUUCCUGCAGCCUCAUCGGAUCAGUGGCUCGUCAUUUGAAGCCUUAUGGUGGGGGAUACCAAGGAUUCGGAGUCUAUACCUUUCUCGAUGUGAAGCCGUCUUCUCUCCAAUCGAGCUGCUCUUCAUUCCAGAUUUUACUGGAGUUCAAAGAGAAGUUGGCAGAAAUAUCACUGAAACACUUGAAACCAAAUGACCUGAUCUAUGUUCAGGGUUGUUUAACCUCUUAUGAGAAGGUUGAUGCAAGUGGAAGCCAUGAAAUUUUCCACAAGGUGGUUGUGAAAGAUUUGAGCUAUAUAACAGUAAAUACCCAAAAUAAAAUGACUCAAAAACCUGAGGCCCCAGGGGAAAAUGAUUUGGCAAGGGACAUUGCUGAUGCCACUAAUGAGAAUACACCAUCUUCUCAAUUUGCACCAAAUGAUGAAAAAGACCACCGGGAUCGUCUGCACUUAUGGCAGAUUUUCUUCGCCAACCCACAUGAGUGGUGGGACAACAGGAAAAGGAAAUUAUAUCCACGUGCUCCAGAUUUUAAGCAUAAAGAUACCAAAGAAUGCUUGUGGCUUGAUCCAAAUGACCCUCCUUGGGUAAGAAAGCAACUUGAACUCUAUGAUUCAAAGAUGGCGAUGAACUGGCAGAGGAAUCCUGAUUGCCGAUUGAAUUUACAUAGUUGGAAAUCCGAUGACUUCAGUUGAUUUAUAUUAACAUGGUGCAAGUGGCAAAAUUACUCAACCUUAAAUCAGAUUGAGGAUUAGAUGGAUUUUUUUGUAAACAGUUGCACAUAUAAGAUUUAUCUAACAGAUGGACAGAGCUGAGAAAGGUAAUUUGAGCACCGCAAUCUGGAAUUCUUGCUAGACUUCUGUUUUGAUGCGUAUUCAUUGACCAUGAUUGUUAUCUGGUAGUAUCGGUUCGAAGCAACGGAUGCAACACAUGGACAUACUGGUUUUGUUCUUCUUAUUCGUUUGAGUUCCGUUGUGAAUAGUUCAGAAUUUGGAUUAGAUGUUGAAAUGAAUGGAUGGACAUCAGAUGAGCCUGUUAUUAAUUUUCGGAAUUAGGAUGGGAUGUUCAAAUGUAUGGAUUAACAUCAGAACUGGUUACAAGUUUGAAGAUUGAAAAUUUAAGCUUUGAUGAAAA